AAAAAAAUAUUUUCAUCAAUCAAAUCCCUAAAACAACUUUUUUUUUUUCCCUCUUUUCAAUUAUAUAAUUUGGAGUUUUUUUGAUUCUCUGCAAUUUUAAUGGCGUCGAAACAUUUUUUCCAAGCUUUUGCUUCGGUUUUUAUUUUAUUAAUGGCGGUUCUACCUUGUUCCUUCGCUCUUGUUUCAUCUCCUAAUACUAAUCCUCCGUUUCCUAAAGCAAUUUCUGAUUUGAAGGAAGCUGUAGUUAAGGGAUUAGGGUUUCAAGCAGAUGAUUUCAAGAUAACAGGGUUUGAUCGGAGAGAUACAUUGGUGGGGCAUUCGGUGGCGUAUGAGUUUGAUGUUGAAAUCGACAAUAAGGUGUUGCCGGUGAAGCUUUUGGAGGAUGUGAAUCGAUGGGAAUAUGUCGAUUUGCCUAUUUUUCGGGUGGAAGAGCCUGUUAGGCCCGGGGAGGAGAGUGGGUUGAUUGAGAGGAAGAAGAUGGAGGAAAAUGUUGGUCCAGUUUUGGCACCAUUUCAGCUUGCAGGUCCUAUGGAGCUCUGGAUUCAGGAUGCCAAACACAUGAGGCUCUCAUUGCCGCAUGAUGUGGAUGCUGGUGUAUUGAAGAAAGUGAUCCUUGCAGAGGGUGCUGUGGUUACAGUAAAAGGUGCAAAAUCAGUGAGCUUGCGCCAGCCUCUGGAUCUUCCACUACCCCUAAACCAAACUCAGAAUGGUUUUGCCUCUGGUCUUCUAAGUCUAGCACAGCACCUUCGCCGUGUUUCUGGUGCCAAAGAAGCACCCCUUCUUUCUCUUCGAGUAGUGGGUCCUACUUCCCUCACAUCCCCUUCUCCUUCCUCACGCUCAUCUUCUAAUCGCUUGAAGCUAAAACGCCUUGCACCUGGCCUUGUUGAAUUGUCUUCAUCAUCAAAGAACAAACUUUCUGAAGUGGCCACUGCUAUUGACCUACCAAGUGAAGUUCCAACUCUUUUAACACCCAAACACUUCACCACAUUGUGGCCCAUGGCCUCUUUGAAUGGUUCACAUUCAAAUUUGCUUGGUCUCGAAAAAUUGCUAUCUUCCGUGUUAGGUCCUAAAGCCAACAGAAAAGGUUCAUUCAGGCUAUUGAAGGCUGACGUUUCAGCUCAGACGUACCUGAAAGUUGGAUUCAAGGUGGAGAAGCAACUCCGCGAAGGAGAUGGAAUCAAUCUGGAGGGCUUUCCCGAGUGGAGGACAAAGCCCGAGAAGGUGAAGAUGUAUUUCGAGGCUCUUGCUAAGGUAGAGGGGGAUAAAGUUGUACCCGAAAAGGUUAUGCAGAUUAAUCCUGUGAUUCUGGAGGAUUCAGUAGCUCCUAGUGUGUCGCUGGGCAAUGUAUCAAUGUCCACAAUGCCGAUAAUAUAUCAACCAUCAGAUCCUUUUACACUGUAAUGUAUAAAAAUCUGUCUGGUAAAUUUAUACGUCAAUCAGAUGUAGCCUGUAGAUAUGAGAAUUCAUGUUUUCUUCUUUCCCUUCCGUCAUUUUUCUGUUCUCUUGUUAGGCCCAUGGAAACUGUCUUCGACAAAUAUACUUAAAUAUACUGAUUAUAGCUCCAUUUUUUGAUAUUUUAGGAUGAGCAUAUUCUUGUGGUA